ACUACUUUAAAAGAGAAGAAAAGAAAAGAAAAGAAAAGUAUAAUAAUAACAUCAUCUCUAAACCGGAGUUUUAGGUGAGAGAGAAAGGGUGUGGCCAUUCUCUAAAGCUAUCUUUAGCUAUUCUUUUCUUUUUCUCUUUCUCUCUUUCUAUAGAGAGUUAGAGAGAGAGAGAGAGAGAGAGGGAGAGAGAAGCCAUGAAGGACACUAUCAGAUGCUGCAUCUCCUGCAUUCUUCCUUGCGGUGCUCUCGACGUGAUCCGGAUCGUCCACUCAAACGGACGUGUCGAGGAAUUCAGCAAGACGAUCCGAGCAGGCGAGAUCAUGAAGGCGAAUCCAAAGCACGUCCUCCGGAAAUCAACAACGUCCAUUUCAGAAGAUGGGAUCGUUCCAAAGAUUGUAAUAUUGCCUCCCGAUGCCGAACUCCAACGCGGUAAGAUCUAUUUCCUCAUGCCUGUGAUUUCGCAGCCCGAGAAAGUACGUUCAACUCCUUCAACGAAGAAAAAGAAGAAAGAAUCUGAGUACAACAACGUCAACAAUCACCACCACAACAACAACAAGAGCAACAACAACAACGGAAACUCCAUUGCAGUAACGAAUCUCCUUAUAUCCGAUCGGUACUUAUCGGAGAUUCUGUCUGAGAAGAUAUCGACUCAGAGGGACCGGAGACGGGGCCGAGUCGGCGUAUGGCGGCCCCAUUUGGAGAGCAUUGAGGAGAUCUCGACCGAUCAUUAGAACCGUUUAUCUUGACUCUUUUUCUGACCUUUCAUUUUUGGAUGUUUUCCUCUGUGUACAUAUACAUUAAAGAACAUCACUGUUGCUUGUAUUCUGUUUUCUGCUUUCGGAAUUUUGGGUGUAGUCUUGGACGGUCCAGAUCGGAUAUCGGGGAGGGAAUUCGAUGGAAUUCGGCCCUCCGAUGUCCGGAUUCUCAUUGUUUCAGGUCUUGUCUUGGUGAUUUUUAGUUCGAAGCGGAAUUUGGAGGGAUGAUUGUUUUGUAAUUGGGGGAGGAGACUCUUAUAUUAGUGAUGUCAUUUUAGUAAUAAAAUCAAAUGUAAUAAAUGAAAUUACGAUAAUGCCCCUAUUUCCAAUUCAAAA